AUGUCAACCGUUGCGGCCAAAAAACCGCCUGUCACGGGCCGGGACCCAAAUUCGACUCUGACUUCGUCGUCCCCCACGCCCUCGCGUGCCACGCCUCGCUCUUCCACGCCCACCUCUUCAGCCGCUGCUGCAGGCGGCAGCACACAAAGCCAUGCCAGAUCGCGCUCUUUCCGAUCAGGCACACCUGUCUCCGCCCGCGCUGCUGCAGGACAAAGGCGGGAGUCGCCCCUCGCGAGCGCCAACGGCCCCGCCAGCAACACUGCCACUGUCGAGGCUGAGGAGGCAGCCCGUGCCGAGACGGUCGCACUGCUCGAUGACCUCAAGGACAGGCUAGCAAAGGCCGAGACAACAUCCGAGGACUACAGGAAGCAGGCAGAGGUGCUCCAGUCCAGGCUCGACGAGACAGUCAGCGAGCAAGUCAAAUAUGAAGAGAAGUGCCACGAGCACGAGGAACAGAUCGAGGCUCUGCAGAACGAACAGCGCGAGGCCACCAGAAAGAUCAGAGAGAUGGAGGCCAUUUAUGAGGCAGAGCGCUCCUCCAUGGUCAAGGAAAAGGAGGAAAUGUCAAAUCGCGAGGAGCAGCUGCAAAUGAUCAUCGCUCGACUGAAGGACUCUCUCAACCAGAAGAUGAGCAAAGAGGACAACGAUGACGAGGUUCGGUCAACAAGGUCCCUAAACCCAACCUCCCCUGGUAUCGAAGGGGGCAGCUUUGCACCGCCUGCAUCUCUGCAGCGCAGCGACUCCAGGAACCAGUCGAAACUCGUCAUGCAGAAGGACAAGCUUAUUGAGUCUCUGCGUCUAGAACUGGCAGAGGCUCAAAUCAAGCUCGUCGAGUCCGAGAACCGCGGCGGCGGCAGGCUGCAGGAGGUCGAGAAGCUCCUCAUGGAGACCCGCAUGGCCAACGCGCGUCUCAUGGAGGACAAUGAGAGCUAUCAGUUGCUGCUGCAGGAGAAGACCCUGAACGGCGACUUCAAGAACAGUGACUUCAGCUACAUGGGCGGGCCUCAAAGCAAUGACGAUGCACUGGCCGCUCUCGAGGGCAAGUCCGGCGGAGCCAGUCUUGCUGACGAGCUCGGCGACGCUGCCGACGGAGAGGAACAGAAUGAUACCGUCCGCCGACUCGAAGCCGAUGUGCGGUCCAUGAAGGACCAGAACAAGGCGUUGACGCUUUAUAUUAACAGAAUCAUCGAGCGCCUGUUGCAGCACCAGGACUUCGAGCACAUCCUCGAUCAGACCGAGCCAGGGGCCAAGCCGGAUACCAACAAAGACCUGCCACCACCACCCAAGGAAGCCUCGGGCUCUUCCGUGCUGCAGCGGGCCAAGUCCAUGGCGAUUUCCAACCCACCAGCGGCCACCAAGCCCCGACCAAGGCCCAUGUCGGUGAUGCCAACCGCCGCUAAUCUCGCGCAGUUCUCCAACCCCGACACGGCACCUAGCAUUCCGAUCGGGAUGGGGCGCUCGCAGUCCACGCGGCGUGUGCGGCCCAUGAGCGAGCAGAUCACCGGGGCCGCCUCUGUUGUCAACCAGAUGUACAAGGGGCCAGACGGUCCCCUGUCCCCGAUCUCACGGAACUCCCAGACCUUCUUUAGCACGCCGCAGCGUGAGCGCAACACCUCUGGUGCCACGGCCAGCUCUGUCCCUGGCAACUUCCCCGGUAUGCGCUCAGAGACGUCGAGCGUCAGCGGCGACUCGUCGUCCCAGAUGACGAAUGACAAGGAUACGGUCAGCAGCACGCCAAACCAGAGCCCGCCCCGCGAGAAGAAGGUCACACAGAAGUUCGACGCGGGCAACAAGCCUCGCCCACUUAGGCUGGUGCAGGAGAACAACGAGGCGCAGGCCGCGGCAAACAAGCGACAGAGCUGGAUCGGUGGCUGGUUCGCAAAGAAAGAGGAGGUUGUGAGCCCGAGGGAGUCGGCGAUCAGGGAGUAG